GAGGACGCAUCGGUAAUCCUAUUGCUAAUGCAGAAAGUGCUCCGUCCUCGUCUAUGUUUAGGGGUUAAAACUGAACUAAUGGAAGAAAGGCACCAAUUUGUGUAAUUUGAGAUAAAGAUUGGUCAAGUCUCCCGCUCUUCGUCUGGGUCCUGUUAGACAAAGCUUCCUCCAUCAUCAUGUUUCACAAAGAAAAAAGCAUCCAGAUUAAAAACAGCGCGUCGGCGCUCUACAAUAAUCUCAGCGUGCUGCGAAUCGCACCGAGGCGUCUUACCUAUUUCACAGUGGUCCAUGCCAACGUGGUCAACAUGGUCAGCGCGUCCUGGGACGGGCUAAACUACUCCCACCGCCAGCUGCAGUCCAAGGAGCCCAACGUUGCUACAAGCACGUCGCUCAUAAUGCAGGCUGCAUUCUGUGUUCUGCCCUCUCGUGAGCUGCUGGUGGUGACCUCUCAGAAAGGCAUUCAGAUGUAUGAAUCUGAUGGCUCCAUAAUGGUGUACUGGCAUGCACUUGACACACCUGAAACCCCCACAGCACAGGCAGUGUUUGCUCGAGGCAUAGCAGCCGUUUCUGAAAAUUACGUCUGUGUGGGUGUUUCAUCAGGCGCUAUUCUAGUUUUUGACAUUCCCAGUAAAGGAAGUAACAUCACGCUGUCUGAAGUCCUCGAGGAGCACAAGGAAUCCAUCACUGACAUAGCAGCAGAGUGUUCUGGCAGCCAGGAGUGUGUAGCAAACCUGGUGACUGUUGAUGACGGGGGCAGCCUGUGUGUGUGGAAGUCUGGAGAGGAAUUUCAACUUCUUAAUAAGAUUGCUGGUUUGGACAUAUCUUGCUCAUCUGUCAAGUUGUGGAAAGGUACAGUAGUGGCAGGAUAUGGCUCGGGCCAGAUCCGCAUCUAUGAAGCAGUGACAGGAAUUCUGCAGUCUGAGAUUAACGCUCACGCCCGCUGGAUAUACUCCUUGGACAUCGCUCCCUUUUCUGGACUGCUCCUUUCUGCUGCUGAGGACUCUUUUGUCAGGGUGUGGCACCUGUCUGUGACACCAGAGACCAAUUCUGUAGAGGUUGCACAUUUACAUAAUGAAUGCGUGACGGACACACAAAUCUGUGGGGCCAAAUUCUGUGACGGCGAUGGAUAUGCCUUUGCAGUGACAGGCUACGAUCUGAGUGAAAUUAUCCGCUACACCCAAACAUAGCUUUAUGUUUCCAUUUAUGAAAUUGUAUUUGGUAUAGAUUGGGAUUAAAGCAAUUCAUACAUUGUCUUAGAUAAAGAUAAAUAAGUAAUGCAUUGAAACAGGGUAUUUAAAGUUUUUAUUCACGUGCAAAUGUAUCUCAUUUUUUUAGUACCAAUUGUAUUAUGUCACACACAAUUUAUUGUUAAAAAAACCUGCACCAGUAAAGAUUUAUGAAAGAUUG